ACCUAAGGUACAACUUGAAUUUUUUUCACGGAGAACGCGUUUGUUUUUUUUUUCUCACAAAAGCUUCCAAACACGGCCUUAUGAAUCUGAAACCGCGAUUGCAAAUCGACGUUGCCCUUUUUCUUCUUCUUUGUUGUCCCCAUCACAGACAGAAAUGGCGGUCACUCUUAGUUGCGGGAAAUCUCCUUUCUAAAUUGCCUAAUUGCCCUAUUCUUUUCUCCUUAUUUAUCCCUUGGAAUUUCUCAGUUUAUUGAUCUUGAUCAGAUGAAUCUUCAAAAUCAGAGUCUCUGACACUCCCAGAGGUGAAGGAGCAGAAAUUAAAACAUCUCUGGAAAUCAAAACCCGGAUUCUAAUUUUUGGGAGGAAUUGGUUGUAGGAUUGACACAAUGGAAGUGGAAGUAUUUACAAAUGACAUGGCUGAGGAUGAUAGUUAUGAAGUAGAUGAGGAUAUUGAUGCUUCGGGUUUGGAGGGUGAAAAAUGUGGGAUAUGCAUGGAUAUCAUCAUUGAUAGGGGGGUUUUGGAUUGCUGCCAGCACUGGUUCUGUUUUGCAUGCAUUGACAACUGGGCUACGAUCACGAACCUUUGCCCACUUUGCCAGACUGAAUUUCAAUUGAUCACAUGUGUUCCAGUUUAUGAUACUAUCGGAACUAGCAAGGUGGAUGAAGACUCAUUUCCCAGAGACGAUGAUUGGUCCAUUGAAGGGAAGAAUAACACUCUCUCGUUUCCAUCAUACUAUAUUGAUGAAAAUGCAGUUAUCUGUCUGGAUGGUGAUGGCUGCAAAAUUCGAAGUGGAUCUGCAACAAUUACAGAAGAUUCCAAUCUUGAUACAUCAAUUGCUUGCGAUUCAUGUGAUAUAUGGUAUCAUGCGUUCUGUGUGGGAUUUGAUCCUGAAGGCACUUCUGAGGAUUCAUGGUUAUGCCCAAGAUGUGCAGUCGCUGGAAUGCCAGGAAAAUCUGUUGUGUCUGGUUUAGGAGAUGGUAAUAGUGAAUGUUUGCUGGAAGAUGGUUUUUCUAGAAAGCUGUCUGUAUCUGUUGCUGAUGCUGGCGAGACGGCUCUUGUUGUUUCGAUGGUCGAAGGAAAUCAAUGGAUGGAAGAAUCAAGUGAGGACUUUUUAUCAAACCUGGAAGACUGCAAUGACUGGAAAUUUGAAUCUUAUUUGAUUUCUGAUGCUAACUGUUUGGAGUCUCCAACACCAUCUGCUGAGAGAGAUAACAUGCAACCAAACUUGGAAGCACAGGAACUUGAACUUUCUCUAUCACGAGACACAUCCUUCAGUUUACCUUCUAAUUCAUCAGUUCUUAAUGAUUUGAAGACAAACUCUGCCAAUAAAAUAGUGAAUGAACCAAGUGGCUUUGAUGGGUUAAGAAUUUCUUCAACUAAAUUGUUGGAUGGAUCUUGCUCUGAAAACAAACCAUCUGAAAGUGAAUCCAGUAUAGGGCUUCAUCUUGGUUUAUCUGUGGGCUCCUUUUUGUCUGUUGAGAGCACGAAAGACAGAGGAACUGAUGACGAGAACACAAAAGACACAGGAACUGAUGAGGUCGUGGCUGCUGAUGUGCACCAGCAACACCCUUCAGAAGAAUCUCCAUUAUCAGCUGACAAGAUCAUUGCUCAUGCUAAUGAGGAUAUGAAAAUUGCUGGUGUAAAGAGAAAGCAUACAGAUUACAGUGAUGGUGUCCAAACAAGUGCUGGGAAUGGGAAAGUUAAAGCUGAGAUUGGAACUGAAGUUUCUGCAAAGAAAGUUAGAGCUGAAGGGAAGAUUCAGAUGGCUCCUAUAGAGAAGCAAGCUAAUGGACAACAUGUUUCAGUUGAUGCCCAAAAAGGUCACAGUACUGUUGAAGUUUCCACAGGAGAUGAGUUAAGACAUAAUCGGAAAAGAAAGGAAGUCACCUCUGAUAUAAUGAGUAUAGUUCAGGGGACAGAUCGUAGACCUCUGAAGGGGCUUGCUGAAAAAUCCGAUGGAGAGAGAGAAAAUGCUACUGGCUUGAGAGUGAAAAAGAUCAUGAAGAGAGCUUCUGAGGACAAGGAAUCAGCUGUGCUGGUUCAGAAGUUAAGAAAAGAAAUAAGAGAAGCUGUACGAAGCAAAUCCUCAAUAGAGCUUGGGACAAAUCUGUUUGAUCCAAAACUUCUCACUGCCUUCAGGGCUGCCAUAGCAGGACCCAUAACUGAAACCACUGCCAGAAAGUUAUCGCCUUCAGCUCUUAAGGUGAAGAAGUCAAUGUUGCAGAAGGGAAAAAUACGUGAGAAUCUGACAAAGAAAAUUUAUGCAACAUCCAAAGGAAAACGUAGGCGAGCAUGGGACCGUGACCUUGAAGUCGAAUUUUGGAAGCAUCGUUGCAUGAGAGCUACUAAACCUGAAAAGAUUGAGACAUUGAAGUCAGUUCUUGACCUCCUAAGAACUUCAGAGUGCAUAGAUCCAGAGCAAGGGUCUGAAUCUCAGACCACAAAUCCCAUUCUUUCUCGGUUGUAUCUGGCAGAUACAUCUGUUUUCCCACGAAAAGACGAUAUAAAGCCUUUGGCAGCUCUUAAAGCUAGUGGUAAUCCUGAACAAAAUAAAGAACAUGCUUCAAUGGAAAAAGUUUCUAAACCAGCUCUUCAUAGUCCUGCUGUCAAAGCUCCAGAAACCUGUAAGAUUCCAUCAAAGGUUGGUUUUUCCCCCUAUGAUCAUAAAGGGAAUAAGAGUAAUGCUUCAAGCUUAAAGGAUGCUACUGCCCAUGGUAAACCACAUCCAGGAAAACGCCCAGAAGGGUCAUCAAUUCCUCUUUCUGUUGCUUCCAAGGUUAAUUCCCAAAAGGAGGCAGGUGUUAAAUCUGAUGAUAUAAAGACUGAUAAAAGGAAAUGGGCCCUAGAGGUUCUUGCAAGAAAAAAUGCCGCUGCUAGCAAGAAUACGACACAGGAAAAACAGGAGGAUAAUGCCCUGCUUAAAGGAAAUUACCCCUUACUAACUCAACUACCAAGAGAUAUGAGACCGGUAUUGGCACCCAGUCAGCAUAAUAAAAUCCCUGCAUCAGUAAGGCAGACUCAGCUUUACCGCCUGACAGAGCACUUCUUGAGGAAAGCAAAUCUCCCUGUCAUUCGCAGAACAGCAGAGACAGAGCUAGCUGUUGCAGAUGCUGUUAAUAUUGAAAGGGAGGUUGCCAAUAGAUCAAACAGCAAGCUAGUAUAUGUGAAUCUAUGUUCCCAGGAGCUAUUACAUCGUUCAGAUGGCAGCAAAUCUAGUAGAGCCUUGGAAUCAGAUUCAGAUUGCAGCAAAUCUAGUAGAGCCAUUGAAUCAGAUCCCUUGCCUCCUGCUGAAUCUACCGACAGAUCAGAACCAACUACUAAUGAACUUUCUACUGAUCCUGAGAUUGAAGAAGCUCUGAGAACUGCAGGCCUUUUGUCUGAUUCCCCUCCCAACAGCCCACUUCAGGAAAUUAAAGAUCUUAAUGAUGAAGAUGAUCCCUCAAAGGACAACAGAGAGGAAGGACCUGAUAAUGUAUUUGAAAUGGAUUCUCACCUGGAACUGGAUAUAUAUGGUGAUUUUGAGUAUGAUUUGGAAGACGAAGAGUAUAUUGGUGCUACUGCUCUAAAGGCCUCUAAGGUACAGGAAGAAGGGGAGUCAAAAAUGAAAGUGGUGUUCUCCACUCUAAACUCUGAUAGAUCAAACGAUGUUCUGAAUUUGGAAGAGCAUGUGAAAGUGGGAAUUGCUGAAGCACCAAAGAAUUCUCCUUCCUCGCUCAAGCAUCAUACUGAUACAUGCAUCAGAAGCUCAACCAUGGAGGGUGGAACAGAUCAUUCAUGUCUUCCUCCAGAAUCCUUUCUUGGUGAAGGAGGAAAAGAGCCUUCUCUUGAAGAAUGUGAAGAAUUAUACGGCCCAGACAAAGAACCGCUCAUACAAAGGUUUCCAGAAAAGGCCACAGAGCUAUAUGGACUGUUUCAUACUGAAGCUUUAGCCAAGAACACGGUUCCUGGAAAGAAUGAAAACUAUGGAGAAGAUCAAGCAGUAAAAGGUGGAGAGAAUUCACCCAAUCCUUCUCAAACAGGUGAAAACGGCCGGAAGGAGAAAUCUAACACUGACACCAAUAAGCAGACUGAUAGCAGCAGUUCUGUGCAUGGGAAGGUGGAAGCCUAUAUCAAAGAGCACAUCAGGCCCUUGUGCAAGAGUGGCGUGAUCACAGUUGAGCAAUAUAGGUGGGCUGUGGGAAAAACAACUGAAAAAGUUAUGAAAUACCAUGCCAAGGCCAAGAAUGCUAAUUUCCUAAUCAAGGAAGGUGAAAAGGUGAAGAAACUUGCAGAGCAAUAUGUAGAGGCAGCACAGAAGUAAAAGAAGCACCAACUACACCCAAAGGCAGUCUUUUGAUAUUUUCCCAAUUCUCUAGAGUUUCUGCUGCCUCUUGUUCCCUAGAUAUAUAUAAACCUUGGUGUUUUUGUAGAUUUAGUGUAGCAUCCAAACCAAACCAACAUGGAUACUGAUACAAUCGUUGUAAAGAUCAGGUAUCUAAAGAAGUGUUUUGACUCAAAAUUCGGUAACAAAACCAGGUGAUUGUAUUCCUGAUUGUAUACUGUGUCAUGAAAUGUAAUGAAUGAGAGCUUCAUAAA